AUGAUUAACGUAGCUAUUGGCAAAUCAUGUCCGGUAUUGAGAACAUGUAUCCAGCGGUAUUCUUUUAGGGUGGUAGUGGCAAGGGACCACUUCUGUGUUCAUAGGAAUCGCUCGUCAAGAAGUUAUACUAGCUCAGAUUUGGCAUCAACGGAGUCGCGGGUUAAUAAAGCCAACAAUUCCAAAGUAAAGAUCGAAAAUAUCGGAGCAAAGAACUUUCAGACAUCAAAUAAAGCAAUCAAUUUAGUAAAUGGCAACAAUUUUAUUGCCCCACCACUAAAAGUUGAAGAUGAAUCAUUUUUAAAAUCUUUGAUGCAAGGUGUAUAUUCUCACACACAUAGCCAUGACCAGGUACAGAAUCAAAAUCAAAAUCAUUCGCAUUCUCAUUCACAUUCACAUGGACCUAAUCCUCUUCUAAUACUAGAUGCAGGAGAAAUAAGAAAGAACGCUGGUGUUCGAAUAACUUGGAUAGGGUUAGGUGUCAACGUCGCCAUAGCCAUCGGAAAGUUUAUAGGUGGUAUAGUAUUUCAUUCGCAGGCUCUGUUUGCCGACUCCGUCCAUGCAAUGAGUGAUAUGGUGUCGGAUUUUCUAACUUUAUAUUCUGUGCGCUUGGCAGCAGAUAAGCCUACCCCAGAUUAUCCGUACGGUUAUGGUAAGAUUGAAACUGUGGGAUCAUUAGCAGUAUCUACUAUUUUAAUGACAGCAGGCUUGUCCAUUGGCUGGUCCUCUCUAUGUGCUCUCGUUGGUCCUGUCUUACCACAGAUAGUUAUAGAAACUUUAAGCUCUUUCGGUGGACAUUCACAUGCGGAAUCUCUCACACAGGACGUUACAAAUAUUAAUGCUGCAUGGAUUGCUGCCGCUUCUAUUGCUGCGAAAGAAUGGAUUUUCAAAGCUACGAAAAAAGUGGCCAUUCAAACGAAUUCAAAUGUUUUAAUGGCGAAUGCUUGGCAUCACCGCGUCGAUUCUUUAACAUCAUUAGUGGCAUUAAUUACAAUAAGUGGUGGAUAUUUGUUUAGUAUGCAAUCUUUAGAUACAUUUGGUGGUCUUCUAGUCUCAGUUCUUAUCAUCAAAGCAGGGCUUGAAGGUAUGACUCUUUCUCUAAAGGAACUGGUUGAUCAAUCCAUACCAAGCGAUGAUCCUAGACACUUAAAAAUAGAGCAUGUGUUGAAGGACGCUAUAAGCAAAAUUAAUUCAACACAACACGGUGUACAAGCAUAUAGUUUACAGAAUAUGAUGGUUCUUUCUUCUGGUCCAAACCUGAGAGCUCUCUCCAAGAUUGAGGUACCAUUCAUUGACGAUAUUGAUGCACGUCACACUAUCAAAAAUUUAGAAAAUACAACGAGCUACCUACGAAAGGUUCUCUAUAAGAACGUUCCAGAGGUUAAGAAAUUACAAAUUGAGUUCGUACAAGAUAACUUUUAUGCACCUAAUGAUACGAUUCAAGCAUCCGAUUCAUCUGAUGAACAAAAUGCUUUACCGACGAAUAGACAUACUCAUUCGCAUAUGAAACAUAGUUAA